CCAUCCAGCAUCUUCGCCUACCUAUCACGGAACACACGGCUUCGAGACCCUUCCACUCCCUCCUUCGAUCGCUCCUGUGUCGUAUCUGCGCACCGUCGCCUUCCACACUGCCGAAUCCCACUGGUGUCAAUCAUCUCCCUCUGGGCCAGUUAGGCACCCAACGAUGAGAUCCUCGUUCAUCCCCCUCCUCCUCCCCGUCGCCAUCUCCGCCCUCACAUUCGACUGCGAACAGAUACGCGACGAUGGGCAAUCGUUCAACCUCAAAUCACUCGGCGGGCCCAAAACGGUGCACGACCAAGAAUGGCUUCCCUCACCCCCCACGAUCAAGAAUACCACCUUCACCAUCGACAUCUGCAAACCGCUGAAGGACGAUGCGAAGAAGGGCGAGAAGUGUCCGUCGGGGUCCCGAGUGUGCGCGAAAAAGUGGAAUUACAGGGGCAGCGAUGCGCCUUACUUGGACACCGUUGUUCCCAUUGCGGGAGAGUACACGACUUCGCACGGGGCGAAUCGAGGGUUGGAUCCAAAGUUCACGCGGCUGAAGGGCAGUGCGGGCAACUCAGAUGAGAGGGAAGGCAUUCUUGUUGAGCUGCACGGCGGGAAGUAUCCUGAUGACAGCACGGGGGUCACGCAAAAAGCCAUCAUCGAGUUCCUGUGCGACAAGGAUGUCACUGGCAACGAAGGCUUCGAGGAUGAGAAGAGCGUCGUGGAUGCCACCCAAUACCAAGGCAUGCAAAAGCGAGCCGACGACGAUGAUGAUGGAAAGCCAGAGCUCCCGGACCUGGACAAAGGCAAGAGCCUCGAAUUCCGGAGCUACAAGUUGGAAGACGAGACGCAAGUGCUGCGACUACGCUGGCGGUCGAAAUAUGCGUGCGAGGGCAUGGCAAACAGCGGUGGAGGCAGCAGCGACAAGACCAAGGGCUGGGGCUUCUUCACCUGGUUCAUCAUCAUCGUCUUCCUCCUGGCCGCGGCGUACAUCAUCUUCGGCUCGUGGCUGAACUACAACCGGUACGGUGCGCGGGGCUGGGACCUUAUACCCCACGGAGAUACCCUCCGGGACAUCCCUUACAUUGUCAAGGACUGGACUGCGGGUAUCGCGGAUAAAUUGAAAGGGCAGAACUCGAGAGGGGGAUAUAGUGCUGUAUAGAUUUCGUCGUGUUGGAACGCGAUUCGUCCGUGAGACACUCGGGCCCUCGUCAUUCCGACGUGUAUGCUCUCCUUUGACAGGCCUGCUC